UCCGCUGACGUCACUACGUAAGUCCAUAUCAGGGUUGCAGCUGUCUGAGAGCAACAAUAACAAGCCCGGACCAACUGACCAGACGACACCGAAACGGAACCUGACAUCACCGCAGAAGACGGGAGUUGUUAAGAUGGGGCUUUUAGAAUAACCACAGCGCGUGUCUGCUCGACGUCCUCGGCGAAGACCGUGUUAUCGUCGUGGUCGUCGCGGCGGAACAAACAAGCAGACUCGGCCGCAGGGGAACAGGGGAGUUCGGUGCUGCAUUUGGGUCAGUGGGCCUGACGGCGACUGGGACGGAGCUUGUCUUUUCACACCUCGUAAUCGAGAAAUAACCGGAUAAACAUGCAGGCGAACGGGACGGGGCAGGAGCGAGAGUCGGAGCUUCCGUGCCGUAAUGGUUCCCAGAACGGGGAGCAGUCCUCCAUCGGCACAGCUCACUCCAAUGGACUGGUGUCGGUCAACAAUGGAAACAACAACAACAACCUGUCCGACGGGAAGAAGAAGAAGCGUCUGUCCCAAUGCGAGGAGGACGUGAUUCGGCUGAUAGGUCAACAUCUUCACGACCUGGGGCUCGAUCACACGGUCGAUCUGUUGAUGCAAGAGUCUGGCUGCCGACUGGAACACCCCUCUGCAACCAAGUUUCGCAAUCAUGUCCUGGAGGGGGAGUGGGAUAAGGCCGAGAGUGAUCUGAAUGAACUGAAAGCUUUGAUGCACUCUCCCAGCGCUGUAGUGCGUAUGAAGUUCUUCUUGCUGCAGCAGAAGUAUUUGGAGUACUUGGAAGACGGGAAGGUUCUGGAGGCACUGCAGGUCCUGCGAGCAGAGCUCACUCCCCUGAAGUACAACACAGAGCGCAUCCAUAUCCUCAGUGGGUACCUUAUGUGCAGUCAUGCUGAGGACCUGCGAGCCAAAGCAGAAUGGGAAGGCAAAGGCACAGCAUCUCGGACCAAGCUGCUGGACAAACUCCAGACAUACCUCCCUCCAUCUGUGAUGCUUCCUCCACGCCGCUUGCAGACUCUACUGAAGCAGGCAGUGGAGCUUCAGAGGGAACGCUGCCUCUAUCACAACACUAAACUGGACAGUGGACUAGACUCUGUAUCCCUACUGUUGGACCACACCUGUAGCCGGAAACAGUUCCCCUGUUACACCCAGCAGAUCCUCACUGAACACUGCAAUGAAGUUUGGUUCUGCAAGUUCUCUAAUGACGGCACCAAACUUGCUACUGGGUCCAAGGACACCACUGUCAUUAUUUGGCAUGUGGACACGGAAACACGGCAGUUGAAGUUGUGGAAGACUUUGGAGGGUCAUGCCUAUGGGGUUUCUUACCUGGCUUGGAGUCCCGAUGACACUUUCCUGAUCGCAUGUGGUCCAGAUGACUGUUCUGAGCUGUGGCUCUGGAACGUGCAGACGGGGGAGCUGAGAACAAAAAUGAGUCAGUCUCAUGAGGAUAGCCUGACCAGUGUGGCCUGGAAUCCAGAUGGCAAGCGCUUCAUCACCGGUGGACAGAGAGGCCAGUUCUACCAGUGUGACCUGGAUGGGAACCUGUUGGACUCCUGGGAGGGUGUACGUGUUCAGUGUCUGUGGUGUUUAAAUGACGGCCGGACUGUCCUGGCAUCCGACACACACCAACGCAUCCGAGGAUACAACUUUGAGGACCUGACGGACAGAAACAUUGUGCAGGAAGACCAUCCCAUCAUGUCUUUCACCAUUUCAAAGAACGGAAGGUUAGCUCUUCUAAAUGUUGCGACUCAGGGUGUUCACCUGUGGGACCUGCAGGACCGGGUGCUGUUGAGGAAGUACCAGGGGGUGACACAGGGCUUCUACACUAUCCACUCCUGCUUUGGUGGGCACAACGAAGACUUCAUCGCCAGUGGUAGCGAAGACCAUAAAGUUUACAUCUGGCACCGACGUAGUGAGCUCCCUAUUGCUGAGCUGACCGGCCAUACCCGCACAGUCAACUGUGUCAGCUGGAAUCCAGCCGUUCCCAGUCUGCUAGCCAGUGCCUCGGAUGACGGCACCGUCCGAAUCUGGGGACCUGCUCCAUUCCUGGACGUACAGGAGGUAGAGGGGAUAAAUGUAUGUUGCAGCAUGGACAGCUGAUGAUCCACCGCUGAGCAGACUCUGUAGACACUUGAAUGGAUCAAUCCUGGAGGUGAUGAUUACGCUUGGACAGCAGCUUCCUGCAGCGGGGCCAACAGUUGCGAUGGACCUUGAUACCAGACUGUACUCUUCGUCCAGGACCACCUCCUCUUAUUUAUUGUGAGCAACAUAAGUUAUUGACGAACUCAGCGACCUGCUGCAGUGCUCCACUUCUGCUCCUCUUUCACCUGCACACACCCUGAAGAGAUUUCUGCUGACUGGAUCUUCCACCCACUUGAGUGUUACUUUUCUUCUCCUUUGUUGCAGACACACACACUAGUAUUUGAGCAUGCAGCUUCUGUGUUUCACACUCGCAGUGUGUGUUUGUCGCCUCCACACCCGCUACGUGAACAAUGGCGCUCCUGCUCCCUGAGUCUGUGUGAAUGGAUGCCUUCAUUUUGCUCUUUUAUCUUCACUCUGGACUUGACUGUCCGUCUUUCCCGACUCACUGACAUGUUUUCCAUUUAUGUCUCCGUUACCAGAGGUUUCUCCUCUUUUACCUCCACUGGAUUAUUUAACAGUUUUCUUUGUUUUUAUUCUCACUUCAUUGCUGAAGCCAUGUGUGAACAAGUGUUUGGAGAGUGGCUGGACUCUGGUCAUGUGAUGUCUCACAACAGUUCUGCUUGAAUGGAGGUAAUGUCAUUCGAACAGCAGUGUCUGUUUGAACCCAUCUGUACUGCAUGACAGAAAUCAGAUGUCUACUCACAAUAAGGAAGAAUAAUGACCAUAGCACCAUCUGUCCAGGUCCUCCCAGAUAUUACUGAGAUUCAAGGUUCAACUGUUUCAGUUCUUGACUCCUUCAAGCGAUCGGUUCAACAUUCAGAACCACUACUACUAUCCCAUCAUCAGAAAAUGAUGUUCUAUUUUAAAUAUGUGAGUAGAAGGAAGAGGAAUCACUGCGUUAAAGAAAAAGUUACUCAUGCCAUCAGGAAGUUUUUGGCAACUAUGCAAAAAACAUUUUUUAUAAUUUUUAUUUUUUAAACGAUAAAACCUGGGGCUUCCAGCUCAGCUGUACAGUCGGUAGUUUUCUACCAGCUAUGGCUGAAGUUGCCCCAAAAAUGUGAGACAGUUUUUAUUUUCCGUUCUUAAAACCUACAGAAGAAUGUUGCGUGGUGUAUUUUGGGGCAAAGUUGACGAUUGGCUCGCCUCUUAUGUGAAUGCAGAAGGUUUCCUCAACCUUGACAAAAUAGUCAAGCAUAGAAGGCAAAUUUCCUUGGGAGUUUGGACUGUGGAACACACCACAAUCAGGGCUGGAGUCCACAAUACAUUUACACUGUCAUCCUGUUGUAUAUGUGUGCCCUGCUCAUGCAUCAAAUUCUGGAUCUUCUUCACAGUAUUCACACUAGCCCUUGUUCCUCCUACUCUCUGCGCGACUGCAACUCUGUCCUCCUGGUAUCAUCCUUUUCAUCUGAGCUGAGCUGCUCUAGAUCUUGACCCCGGUUCACUUUUAUAUACUUACCCAACGCCACUGCAGCUUCUACGGCGUGUCCCAGUGCUAAUGUGACAUACUGAACACAGGGUGGUGAUGUGUGACCUUCCCACGGAGGUUCGGAGGGACCUUCAUUCCUAGUAGUAGGUGCAGUUGACUGCCCACUCACAGCAGACUGACCUUGCCACUGAAGGUCGUACAAAUGGCAUGAGAGCAGUGUACACAGGUUUUGUGUGUCACCGUACUUCACACUGUUGUCUUACACAGGAGUGAAGUGAAUCCAUCACAUGGGUCAAUACGGAUCAAUCUACUUUGCGGACUACCAUUCCACUCCUGGGACAGUCAGUUACAGAGUAAGCGGGUUAGCCAUCCCGACCUCAUCCCCCAGGGGAGAAGCCUGACGCAGAUAUCUGUGCCCAUAGCAAGUGAACCUUAUGUUCUUUUGAGUCGUGCCCUUCAGACUCAUAUUAGAGCAACUAGAGUUCCUCACUUUCUUCUGGAGAUGUUCUAGCCCGAGAUGUCUCUUCUCGUGGAUGCACUAGUGUAAAAAGUUUGGUAGAGAACAUUGUGGAGAACCAUUGCCUCACAUUACAUGCCCAGAUUCAACCAGAGCGACGGCUGUGGGUGAGUGAGUGAGUGAGUGAUAAGCGAGCGAGUGGGUGAAAAAUAAAUCAAGAGUUUGUGAUUUUUGGUGUAAUGUUACUUCUAAUACUUUGGCAUAGAUGUCGUUGCUGACUUGUAUAUUUUGCUCUCAAAGAAGAACAGACUGACAGAUACUAUGUGUGAGUCUGAACAUGAGGAAAUAAAUAAGAGUGAAGGAGCUGUUGUGUUCUGUGCUGAGUAUGUGGAUGUUGUACCACCAAACCAGAGUGGGGUCAGGAUUUCAUGACGAUGCAGUUUUUAAAUCGUUGACCUGGGACGAGGAUGUCAACAUCAACACUCAUAUUUCUAUAUUUUUUUACUGAAAGAUGUCAAGAUAAUUGUCACGAUUUGUGGAGACCCUGGGUAUUUGUUCGGACACCAUCACCAGCUUCAACCUCCCCUUCACGGCACAUGCAAACAUUAGUGGGUCAACCUUAAAUGUCAAACACACUUUGAUUUAAAAAAAAAAAUCUUCGCACAGGUGUGCUGCUUUGGCUUUUUAAAAACGUAUUUUCUUUAAAGGAUGGGUGGGUGGGAGCGGGGGGUUCUGGCUUCUCCGUCGUUUUUUCUUGCUGUAAGAAGCCAAACUAGGAACUUUGUUUGCUUGCAGAUAGUUUCAGCCAAGAACUUUUACAUUUUAAAUGUCAAUAUGAAAAAAGAUUGUAAUGUUCCGUAGAACAAGUGUGUCAUGUAUGCAUAUUUUAAAUAAAGCAUUCAGGGUCUUAAAGUGCCUUU